AUGCUGCCGAAUCGGGCGAUCAUCGCGUCGCAGUUUUGGAACCACGAGUGCGGCUCGGCGCAGUCACUCGAAGCCGUGGUCCCCGCUGUCCCGAACGAGCCGCCUUCGACCGGCAUUCACCUGGGUAGCGGAAUCGCGCGAUCACAGCAACUGCUGCUCCUGCAGAAGCUCCUACCAAUCCCCUUCACGCCAUCCUAUGCUGCUGACGUGGACGAUCAAGGUGGAUGGGUGGUCGACCGAGUGCUAUCUGGUGUGGGCGGCAGGGACUGGUGGGCAACAGUAAUGGGCCGGCUGAGAGUCCAGCGCAUGUGGAGAAAGCAUUUCCAGCAGCAGACCAACACAACCCUAACCGCCAAUGCUCCCCAUACAGCAGCAGCAGCAGCAGCAGCAGCAGUGACUGAUACCGCCACAGGCAACAACAGCAGCAGCGGCAACAGCAGAGCUAAGGACUGCCCCAGUUCCUCCGCAGGAUGGUUCCAGGAUCCUUCCAUGUAUGCGCUCUCGGCCCGUACGCGCAUCGCGCUGGGGAAGCAGACUUGGCUAAGCGGCAGUGCUGAGCUAAGCACGCUUGCAGGCCUGGCAUCCGCACUUCAGGACAAGAUAAUGGGACGACAAAGGAGGGAAGGUGGUGCUGUGACAGGGAGUGAGGAGGGGAGUGGGGAGCGAGGAGGAAAGGCUUCGGGGUUCAGAGGCUUUUUCUCGCUACGCCAUAAGAUGAAGGGUCACGAUUUGAUUGCACGAGCAGGGUGGGGCGAGCAGUGUGUGGACCGUGCUGGCCGCUACUGGACGCUGCCCCGUGCGCUCUCCCUUGACUUCGCCUCCCUGGUCACAAGAGAAGGGCUGCGCUACCGCUUCGGCCUGCAGCACGUGGGAGGGAAACCAGAGGAGAGUGCAAGGCCAGGCCACGGGGAGGCGAGGGUGGUGCCGUGGGGGGCGAGGGCGGGCACGCGGGCACAGGCAGGCAUGUCACUGGAGGGGAAGGUGACUGUGUGGAAGGACCGAUGCGAGAAGAGGCGGCGACAGAAGGAAGCCGCCAAAGCUGCUUCCUCCGUGCCCUCUGCCUCGUCUUCCUCCUCGUCAUCAUCAUCAGCAGCAGAAUUGAAAGCACCGCUCCCAUCCUCGUCGUCCUCCUCCUCAUCCUCCUCCUCUUUUUCCUCCUCCUCAUCCUCCUCCCAAUCUCUUCAUCCGCAUUCUCCCACCCCUUCAUACAACUGGCUGGCUGCUCGUCCACGCAUCACCCUAUCUGCCGUGCUCGAGAUCUCAACCAGCAGCAGCAGCAAAAGCAGCAAAAGCAGCAAAAGCAGCAACACCAGCAACACCAGCAACACCAGCAACACCACCACAACGCAAAGCCAGGCAUCCAGCUCAAGGGUGAACGGAGCAGGGACAAUCGGGACGGAAGACACAACGGGGUCCUUCCGUCUCUCCUCUUUCCGUCCCUCCUCACUUCAGCUCUCCUCGCUCUCCACCGAUCUCUUUGCGUCGGUGGCGGUAACCGCACAGCUGGGCAUGUUUGAGCGAGCUCUUUUCGACCACACUCUCCUCAACGCCACGCUCACCUGUGGCUCCCUCUCUGCUGCUGGCUACAACCUCUCCCAACCUGCGUCCGCCACGUCAGCGCUGGCGCCAGAUGCCACGUCAGCGGUGACGUCAGGUGCCACGUCAGAAGGUUGGCGGAGAGAGGAGCGGGGUGCGCCGACGCUCUCACUGUCAUUUCAACAACAGAUUUUCGGCCCAGUGAGGGGUCGCUGGUACGCAUGCAUGGGAGUGGAUGCCAAGAAUCCCCUCGCUGCUCCCACCCUGCUCGACUCAACCUACGCCCUCGAUUGCUCCCUGGAAAGGCUCGGAGCUGCCAGGCUCGUCGUCUGGUAUUCCCCAACAAGACGGGAAGGCAUGGCGGAGGUUCGGUUGCUGGACCGGUAG